CACCGCAAUCACACGAGGUAUGUCUUUGACCCGAGUGCCCUUCAGAGCCAGGAGAUGCACUCGCCGUCGUCCGCAAGGAUGAAGGCGACACUGCCUCUCCUCUUCGACAAGAGCUGAAGAACCCUCAUGCAAGGGCACUCUCCAUGCUCUGGCAUCUGGAGGCUAACCACCCACGCGCAGAUACCUCAGUCGCCUCCGCCACAGAGAAUCUCCCGAUAACACCGUCAAAAUGGUCAAGACUUCCGUCCUCAACGAUGCGCUCAACGCCAUCAACAACGCCGAGAAGGCUGGCAAGCGCCAAGUCAUGAUCCGUCCUUCUUCCAAGGUCAUCGUCAAGUUCCUUACUGUCAUGCAGCGUCACGGCUACAUUGGCGAGUUCGAGGAGGUCGACGACCACCGCAACGGCAAGAUCGUCAUCCAGCUCAACGGCCGCAUCAACAAGACCGGUGUCAUCUCUCCCCGCUACAACGUCCAGCUCCGCGACAUGGAGAAGUGGGUUGUCAAGCUACUCCCCUCGCGUCAAUUCGGUUACAUCGUCCUCACCACCUCUGCCGGUAUCAUGGACCACGAGGAGGCCCGCAGGAAGCACGUUGCCGGAAAGAUCCUUGGUUUCUUCUACUAGAUUACUCGAAUUUGUGGUGGAGUGGGAUGCAAUAUACCCGGACUUGGGCAAGCAUAUGUUUGGCCAAGUAGUCCAUCAUGGAACGUUAAACGAAGAAAUGACAAAAGUUCAUGACUG